CCUCAUAAAUGGGGCGGGCUUAACAAGUGACAGCUGAGGGCAAACUUUGUUAGCUCGUUGCUAACUGAGCCCCAUUUCUUCGCCUUAAAAAAUGUCCUUAACUUGAAACAACCUCGCUGGGAAGCAGCAGAAAGAUGAGCUGCACCAAGGAUGGCGACGACGGAGACCUGUGCAGCGGAUGGGCCACUUCAGUGUCCAUGCUGGUGCACGGCAAGAACGACAUCUCGGCCGUGACCUCCCGAGUGCAACAGUUCGUGGAGGAGAGGAUGCAGACCACCAUGCUCACAGGUGUGCUGAUAGGCGCCGCUGUGGCAGUUGCAACCAUAGGAAUCCUGGUGCUCUUCCUGUACAAGAGGUUCAAACAUGCUCGUGAACAACAGCCAGGUGUGCCUCACUAUCGCUUCAGAAAAAGAGACAAAGUGCUCUUUUAUGGGAGGAAAAUCAUGCGCAAGGUCCAGACUUUGUCCUCCAUCCCCCCGCCUUCCUCCUCAUCUACCUCCGUGUCGAAGCAGCGUGCGCGCAAGAGAACCAAAGUCCUAAGCAUCGCUCGCAAAAUCCUCCGGAUCCGCAAAGAUCCGCCCACCCUGCAGCCCAAAGAACCUCCGCCCUCGUUGCUGGAGGCCGACCUGACCGAGUUCGACGUACAGAGCUCCAACCUGCCCUCCGAGGUCCUCUACAUGCUGAAGAACGUCAGGGUUUUGGGCCACUUUGACAAGCCCCUGUUCCUGGAGCUCUGUCGCCACAUGGUGUUCAUCGAGCUGCAGGAGGGCGAGGCUCUUUUCAAGCCCGGGGACGAGGACGACAGCAUCUACGUGGUCCAAGAUGGUCGACUGGAGCUGUCCAUCUGUGAGAACGACGGCACGGAAGUGGUGGUGAAGGACGUUCUCCCCGGAGACAGCGUCCACAGCCUGCUGAGUAUUCUGGACAUCAUCACUGGUUACCCGGCCCCUUACAAGACUGUGUCAGCACGAGCAGCCACCCGCUCCACCAUCUUACGUUUACCUGCAUCGGCCUUUGAGUCCGUCUUCAAGAAAUACCCCGAGACGCUAGUACGGGUCAUUCAGAUAAUCAUGGUGCGCCUCCAAAGAGUCACCUUCUUGGCGUUGCAUAACUACCUGGGCCUAACGACAGAGCUCUUCAAUCCGGAGAGUCACGCUGUGCCUCUGUCCAACGUCCACCUCCUAACCAGCGAGGCAACACCCGCCAAGACCACCCGCCGCCUGCACUUCCAGGACGAGUUGGCCUCCUUCGACAGCCCUGCGGAAUCAGGAGACUGCGUGAAGGACAGUCCUUCCAGCAGCUACAGGAAGCAGCGAUCCAUUUCCAUGCCCGCCGACGCCACAGGCAAGGACAUGAGCAUGGUGUGUGAGAGAGCGCGGGUCAACAUGGACGAGGCGCCGCUCAGUCCCGCCGCUCACAAGCUGCAGUCGGGCCAGAGAAAGAGCGUCACCCUGCAGCACGCGCCCUCCGAGGUCUUUCACUACACGGACGGCGGGGGCCAGUCUGACGGCGUCCACCUGAGCAAGAGCAGCACCAUCUUCCAGGCCGCUAAGAAGGACCUGCUGGGACUCAUCCAGUUGCAGGAUCCCAGCCUGCUGGAGGGGAGAGUGACCCUGCAUCAAGUCAAAGCCGGCUCCGUGGUGGCUCGCCAGGGAGACCAGGAGGUCAGCAUUCAGUUCGUCAUUUCGGGCCUCCUCCACGUCUACCAGCGCAUGAUCGACCGCGAGGAGGACACGCGUCUCUUCGUGACGCACCCCGGGGAGCUGGUGGGGCAACUGGCCGUCCUGACAGGGGAGCCGCUCAUAUUCACCGUCAAAGCCCAGCGGGACUGCAGCUUCCUCUCCAUUUCCAAAACGCACUUCUACGAGAUCAUGCGUGUGGAGCCCAACGUGGUGCUGAACGUGGCUCACACCGUGGUGAGGAGGAUGUCGUCUUUCGUCAGACAGAUCGACUUUGCCCUGGACUGGAUGGCCGUGGAAGCCGGCAGGGCCGUCUACAGGCAGGGGGAGAAGUCCGACAGCACCUUCAUCGUGCUCAGUGGUCGACUGCGCUCCGUCAUCAUGAAGGAGGACGGCAAGAAGGAGCUGAUUGGAGAGUACGGCCGCGGUGAUCUCAUUGGAGUGGUGGAGGCCCUGACCCGUCAGAACCGAGCCACCACAGUCCACGCGGUGCGGGACUCUGAGCUGGCCAAGCUGCCGGAGGGUGCGCUCAGCUCCAUCAAGAGGAAGUUCCCCCAGGUGGUCACCCAGCUCAUCCAUUUGCUCGGGCAGAAGAUCCUGCGGCAGGUCAAUGUUCCUCUCACAGCUCGCAACUUGGCGCUGCACACCCCCGGCAGCAAGUGGGACGCGGGCAACCAGGCCUCCAACCUGUCCACCGUGGCCGUCCUGCCGGUCUCCGAAGAGGUGCCGCUCACCACCUUCACCUUGGAGCUGCAGCAUGCACUCCUCGCGAUAGGUCCCACUCUUCUCUUGACGAGCGACACCAUCAAGCAGCGCCUGGGAGCCGCGGCGCUCGACAGCGUUCACGAGUACCGCCUGUCCAGCUGGUUGGGCCAGCAGGAGGACAUCCAUCGCAUUGUCCUCUACCAGACCGACUACACGCUGACCCCCUGGACGCAGCGCUGCAUCCGCCAGGCCGACUGCAUCAUCAUCGUGGGCCUGGGCGAGCAGGACCCUGCUGUUGGAGAGCUGGAGCGCAUGCUGGAAGGAAGUGCGGUGCGCGCCCAAAAGCAACUGGUGCUGCUGCACAAAGAAGACGGCCCCCGGCCCAAGGGCACCGUGGACUGGCUCAACAUGCGCAGCUGGAUCUCCAGACACCUGCACCUGGCCUGCCCUCGCAGGGUCUUCUCCAAGAGAAGCCGACCCAAGCUGUUGGAGUUGUACCAGCGCGUCUUUGACAAGCCCGCAGAUCGACACUCCGACUUCUCCAGGCUGGCACGGGUCCUCACUGGGAACGCCAUCGCCCUCGUCCUGGGUGGAGGCGGGGCCAGAGGUUGUUCCCAGGUGGGCAUCGUGCGAGCCCUCUGCGAAGCCGGCAUCCCGGUCGACCUCAUCGGAGGCACGUCCAUCGGCUCCCUGUUGGGGGCGCUCUACGCUGAGGAGCGCAGCCACAGCCGCAUGAGAGUGAGGGCGCGGGAAUGGGCCAUGGAAAUGACUUCGGUGUUUAAGAAGGUUCUGGAUUUAACGUACCCGGUCACCUCCAUGUUCUCUGGGGCCGCCUUCAACUCCAGCAUCAGCAACGUCUUCAAAAGCAAGCAGAUUGAGGACCUCUGGAUCCCUUAUUUCAACAUCACGGCCGACAUCAGCGCCUCCGCAAUGCGAGUCCACACCGACGGUUCUCUCUGGCGAUACGUACGUGCCAGCAUGUCACUGUCAGGGUACCUGCCUCCCCUCUGUGACCCCAAAGAUGGACACCUUCUAAUGGAUGGAGGCUACAUCAACAACCUGCCAGCCGACGUGGCGCGCUCCAUGGGGGCCAAAGUGGUGAUAGCGAUCGACGUGGGCAGCCGCGACGAAACCAACCUGACUAAUUACGGCGACUCGCUGUCCGGCUGGUGGUUGCUAUGGAAACGCCUCAACCCCCUGGCAGAGAAAGUCAAGGUGUUGAACAUGGCGGAGAUUCAGACUCGCCUGGCCUACGUGUGCUGCGUGCGACACCUGGACACUGUGAAGAACAGCGACUACUGCGAGUACAUCAGGCCUCCCAUCGACCGAUACCGGACGCUGGAGUUUGGAAAGUUUGACGAGAUCGCCGAGGUGGGGUACCAGCACGGCAAGACGGUGUUUGACGUGUGGACUCGCAGCGGCGUGGUGGAGAAGAUGCUGAAGGACAGACACCAGGAGGAGUUCCACAACACCCAGAGCAAGAACAACGUGUUGACGUGUCCCAACGCGUCUUUCACUGACUUGGCAGAAAUUGUGUCUCGCAUCGAGCCAGUCAAACCUGCCCUGGUGGACGAGGAGUCAGACUACCACACUGACUAUGACGAGGAGGCGGCGGAGAGCGCUCUGUCUGACCUGGAGCUUUACGGCCUCUACGGGGAGCACACUGAAGGGGAGGAGACGGCCGACACGGUGCGGGUAUCUGCUCGAUGAGGAACUGGACGGAAGAGGCGAUCGAACCAGCAACCACGCCCGCGCCGAACGCCAACAAGGUCCACCGAACACCUCGGCGGAGCAGGAAGUACUUUGUCAACGGUCCAAGUGAUGCAGUUACAGUUACAGCACAGGUGCAUCACAACCAUUUCUCAUAUUGAGACAGUGCAAGAGAAAGAACCACAAGUUAAUCCCUGCCAAGGAAUAUUCAUCACCAGGCUGGAACAGGUCGUUGCGGUCUAAAACCCCGUCCAUUUCUUGAAAGUAAGACGCUAAAAAGUAGUUGCCAUGAUUUGAACGUGUUGUGCCAUAUUAGGUCCUAGAAUAAUUCCACCUGAACAGCCUCGAUGUCUUCCUCCUUAAUGCCACCACCCAAGCGCCUUGCACACGUACUGUUGCCUCCUGAGGAGCGGAGUGGUAUUACAGGAUACUUUUCCAUUCAUAACGCCCUAUUUGUUACGCAAAGAGAGAAUUUACACCGCUGUGUGGACGUGUGGCAGAACUGUUUGCGAACGCCUAUCUCAGUAUGUCCAUGCACUCAUUUGUGUGUCUGUAUCUCAAUCUGUGCCUCUAUAAUUCCAUUCAUGUGUCCGUCUACUAAUUUUUGUGUCUGUAUCUCAAUCUGUGUGCCUGUAAUGCGAUUUGCGUGUGUGUCUGUAUCUCAAUCUGUAAUCCCAUUUGCUUGUCUGUCUACUAAUUUGUGUCUAUCGCAAUCUGUCGUCUACUAAUUUGUGUGUCUGUAUCUCAACCUCAAUCUGUGCGUCUGUAAUCCUAUUCACGUGUUCAUCUAAUUUGUGUGUCUGUAUCUCAAUCUGUCCGUCUAAUUUGUGUGUUUUAAUUUCAAUCUGUGCGUCUGUAAUCCCAUUCACGUGUCUGUCUACUAAUUUGUGUGUCCGUAUCUCAAUCUGUCCGUCUACUAAUUUGAGUCUGUAUCUCAAUCCGUCUACUAAUUUGUGUGUCUGUUUGAAUCUGUGUGUCUGUGAUUAAAUCUGUGCGUCUGUAAUCCCAUUCACUUGUUCGUCUACUAAUUUGUGUCUGUAUCUCAAUCCGUCUACUAAUUUAUGAGUCUGUAUCUCAAUCCGUCGUCUACUAAUUUGUGUGUCUGUAUCGCAAUCCGUGCAUCUGUAAUCCCAUUCACUUGUCCAUCUACUAAUUUGUUUGUCUGUAUCUCAAUCUGUCCGUCUACUAAUUUGAGUCUGUAUCUCAAUCCGUCAUAUACUAAUUUGUGUGUCUGUAUCUCAAUCUGUGCAUCUUUUAUCCCAUUUGCGUGUCCGUCUACUAAUUUAUGUCUGUAUCUCAAUCUGUCGUCUACUAAUUUGUGUGUCUAUCUCAAUCUGUGCAUCUGUAAUCCCAUUUGCGUGUCCGUCUACUAAUUUGUGUCUGUAUAUCAAUCUGUCGUCUACUAAUUUGUGUGUUUGUAUCUCAAUCUGUGCGUCUGUAAUCCCAUUCACGUGUCCAUCUACUAAUUUGUGUGUCUGUAUCUCAAUCUGUCCAUCUAAUUUGUGUGUUUUAAUUUCAAUUUGUGCGUCUGUAAUCCCAUUCACGUGUCUGUCUACUAAUUUGUGUGUCUGUAUCUCAAACUGUCCGUCUACUAAUUGAGUCUGUAUCUCAAUCCGUCGUAUACUAAUUUGUGUGUCUAUCUCAAUCUGUGCGUCUGUAAUCCCAUUUGCGUGUCCGUCUACUAAUUUGUGUCUAUAUCUCAAUCUGUCAUCUACUAAUUUGUGUUUGUAUCUCAAUCUAUGCGUCUGUAAUCCCAUUCACGUGUCCAUCUACUAAUUUGUGUGUCUGUAUCUCAAUCUGUCCGUCUAAUUUUUGUGUUUUGAUUUCAAUCUGUGCGUCUGUAAUCCCAUUCUCGUGUCGGUCUACUAAUUUGUGUGUGUCUGUAUCUCAAUCUGUCCGUCUACUUAUUUAUGAGUCCGUAUCUCAAUCCGUCGUCUACUAAUUUGUGUGUCUGUAUCGCAAUCUGUGCAUCUGUAAUCCCAUUCACUUGUCCAUCUACUAAUUUGUUUGUCUGUAUCUCAAUCUGUCCGUCUACUAAUUUGAGUCUGUAUCUCAAUCCGUCAUAUACUAAUUUGUGUGUCUGUAUCUCAAUCUGUGCAUCUUUUAUCCCAUUUGCGUGUCCGUCUACUAAUUUAUGUCUGUAUCUCAAUCUGUCGUCUACUAAUUUGUUUGUUUGUAUCUCAAUUUGUGCGUCUGUAAUCCCGUUCAUGUGUCCAUCUACUAAUUUGUGUUUCUGUAUCUCAAUUUGUCCGUCUAUUUUGUGUGUUUUAAUUUCAAUCUGUGCGUCUGUAAUCCCAUUCACGUGUCUGUCUACUAAAUAAUGUGUCUGUAUUUCAAUCUGUCCGUCUACUAAUUUAUGAGUCUGUAUCUCAAUCCGGCUACUAAUUUGUGUGUCUGUAUCUCAAUCUGUGCGUCUGUAAUCCCAUUCUCGUGUCCGUCUACUAAUUUGUGUGUCUGUAUCUCAAUUUGUCCGUUUACUAAUUUAUGAGUCUGUAUCUCAAUCCGUCGUCUACUAAUUUGUGUGUCUGUAUCUCAAUCUGUGCAUCUAUAAUCCCAUUCACGUGUCCGUCUACUAGUUUGUGUGUUUUAAUCUCAAUCGGUGUGUCUGUAAUCCCAUUCACGUGUCUGUCUACUAAUUUGUGUGUCUGUAUCUCAAUCUGUCUACUAAUUUGUGUUUGUAUCUCAAUCUGUGCUCCUGUAAUCCCAUUCACUGGUCCGUCUACUAAUUUGUGUGUCUGUAUUUCAAUUUGUGCGUCUGUAAUUCCAUUCACGUGUCCGUCUACUAAUUUGUGUGUCUGUAUCUCAAUCUUUGUGUCUGCAAUCCCAUUCACGUUUCCGUCUAGUAAUUUGUGUGUCUGUAUCUCAAUCUGUGCAUCUAUAAUCCCAUUUGCGUGUCCGUCUACUAAUUUGUGUGUCUGUAUUUCAAUCUCUGCGUCUGUAAUCCCAUUCACGUGUCCGUCUACUAAUUUGUUUAUCUGUAUCUCAAUCUGUACAGACACACAAAUUAGUAUAAGGACACGUGGAUCGGAUUACACACACAGAUUGGUGUACGGACACACAAAUUAGUACACAGAAAAGUAGAUCGGAUUAUGGACACGCAAAUUAGUGCACAGACAUGUGGAUGGGACUACACGUACACAAAUUGCGAUAGACACACAAAUUGGUCCAUAAACCGAUGGAUUGGAUUACACAUUCACAAAUUGGGAUACAAACACAAAUUAGUGCACAGACACGAGUGUCAGAUUGGGGUACGGACACACAAAUUAUUACACAGACAUGUGGAUUGGAUUACACGUUCACAAAUUGAGAUACAGACACAAAUUAGUGCACAGACAAGCAGAUUGAAUUACACACACACAGAUUGGGGUACAGAUGCAAAAGUUUGUGCACAGACACGUGGAUGGGAUUACACACACAGAUUGAGAUACAGACACACAAAUUAGUGCACGAACCGGUGGAUCGGAUUACAUGUGCACAAAUUGAGAUACAAACAUGUAGAUUGAAUUACAUACACAAAUUGAUACAGACACAAAAAGUAGUGCACAGACGUGGAUCGAAUUACACGUACGCAAAUUGAGAUACAGACACAAAUUAGUGCACAGACGUGUGAAUGGGAUUACAUGUGCACAAAUUGAGAUACAUACACAAAUAACUGCACAGACAGGUGGAUCAGAUCACAUGUGCACAAAUUGAGAUAGACAUGUGGAUCGGAUUACACGUACACAAAUUGAGAUACAGACACGUGGAUCAGAUUACACAUGUACACAAAUUGAUACAGACACACAAAUUAGUGCACAGACACGUAGAUCGAAUUACAUACGUACACAAAUUGCUACAGACACACAAAUUGGUGCUCAGACACGUGGAUCGGAUUACACAUACACAAAUUGAGUUACAGACACAAAUUAGUGCACAAAUAGGUGGAUCGGAUUACAUGUGCACAAAUUGAGAUACAGACACAUGGAUCGAAUUACAUACGUACACAAAUUGCUACAGACACACAAAUUGGUGCACAGACACAUGGAUGGGAUUACACGUACACAAAUUGAUACAGACACACACAUGAGUGCACCGACACGUGGAUGGGAUUACACGUAUACAAAUUGCUACAGACACACAAAUUGGUGCACAGACACGUGGAUCGGAUUACACGUACACAAAUUGAGUUACAGACACAAAUGAGUGCACAAAUAGGUGGAUCAAAUUACAUGUGCACAAAUUGAGAUACAGAUACGUGGAUCGGAUUACACACGUACACAAAUUGAUACAGACACACAAAUUAGUGCACAGACACAUGGAUGGGAUUACACGUACACAAAUUGAUACAGACACAAAUGAGUGCACAGACACGCGGAUGGGAUUACACGUAUACAAAUUGCUACAGACACACAAAUUGGUGCACAGACACGUGGAUCGGAUUACACGCACACAAAUUGAGUUACAGACACAAAUUAGUGCACAAAUAGGUGGAUCAAAUUACAUGUGCACAAAUUGAGAUACGGUUACGUGGAUCGGAUUACACACGUACACAAAUUGAGAUACAGACACACGAAUUAGUGCACAGACACAUGGAUGGGAUUACACGUACACAAAUUGAUACAGAUACAAAUGAGUGCACAGACACGUGGAUGGGAUUACACGUAUACAAAUUGCUACAGACACACAAAUUGGUGCACAGACACGUGGAUCGGAUUACACGCACACAAAUUGAGUUACAGACACAAAUUAGUGCACAAAUAGGUGGAUCAAAUUACAUGUGCACAAAUUGAGAUACAGAUACGUGGAUCGGAUUACACACAUACACAAAUUGAGAUACAGACACACAAAUUAGUGCACAGACACCUGGAUCGGAUUACACGUACACAAAUUGAGUUACAGACACAAAUUAGUGCACAAAUAGGUGGAUCAAAUUACAUGUGCACAAAUUGAGAUACAGAUACGUGGAUCGGAUUACACACGUACACAAAUUGAGAUACAGCCACACAAAUUAGUGCACAGACACCUGGAAAGGAUUACACAUACACAAAUUAAGAUCCAGACACACAAAUUAGUGCACAAAUAGGUAUGGGAUACACGCACACGAAUUGAGAUCCAGACACAUAAACUAGUGCACAAAUAGGUGGACCGGAUUACACGUGCACAAAUUGGGAUACAGACACACAAAUUAGUGCACAAAUAGGUGGAUGUGAUUACAUGUACACAAAUUGUGAUAGACACAAAUUAGUGCACAGACUAAUGGAUUACGAUUGAUAUAGGCAUUUGCAAAUAGUUUGGCUACAAUAUUAUGUCCAUAGGGCUGACUUGAGUGUAGCUGUGAUGAUUUGUUACUGUACAAGCAGCUCUUAUUCACUCCAGAUGUGCACUUCAAUGCCAAUUCAUGAUCGAUAUUUACAUGUCAUACUAUUUCUAUACAGUAUAAAUGUACAUAGGUCACUUAUAGUUACUAAUUCAUUGUACUGUCCUUUUAAAAAUGGUAUAUAUCAAUAUAUAUAUAUAUAUAUAUAUAUACAUGUAUAUUUUUUAACGGGUGGCAAAAAUAUUGGGACAUCCAGUCCACUUUAUAAGGGGAGCAAAAGCGGUUUCCAUCUUCUGGUAAAAAAUCAUUUUCUUCAUUUUACUUGGUUGAGGUACUGUCUUAAUACUUUUGUGUACGUCAAAUAAGUACUAAUACAUGUUCAUAGUAUACAGUACUGCGAUGCCCAUAGCCUUACCCAAGUUCCAGAGGAACCUCCAAGGUAGAACUUGAAAAAGAAGCUCACAUAAAAGUGGCCCCUAAAUGUAAUGACAAGCGAGUAUGAGGACGCAUACAGAGACUUUAGAACUGGGGUGCCCAAACCUUUUUCCACUGAGGGCCACACCCUGACGUGAAAGGGUGUGGGGGCCAAUUUGGUAGUUUUCACCCUCAAAACCAGUACGAUAUACGUUUGUUUUCAAAGAACUUAAAAUGCAAUUUUGGUGGAAAUCUCCUGUGAAUGCUGAAGAGCCAAACUGAAAUGCUAACAGUUAGCACACUGGACAGGCAGCGUCAUGUAACAAAAAAUAUGAGCUAAAAAUAGUAUUAUGCUAACAUGCUUAGUUAGCUUUAAUGAAAUAACAAAACAUAACCCUGAGGUGUAUACUUGAAAAGUAGUAAAAAGGCUUACAUGCUAAUGUUAGCGUGCUAAGAUGCUAACUAUAACGUCAGUCAAGUGCCAAAAUUCAGUUUACCUUGAAAAAUAUGUUUAAUGCUACCCUGUUAAAGUUAGCACUUAUCAAAUACUAAAAUAUAACUAAAGUGUAUACCUACAAAAUAAGAUUUUUAAAAAAAUAGCAUACUAACAUUAGCAUGCUAUCAGGUAUCAUGCGACCAAGUAACGAAAUAUUUGACGCUGAGGUAUAUUCCUGCAAAAUUAGUAAACAAUCUUGCAUGCUAAUGUUAGCAUGCACAAGAUGCUAACUGUAAUGUGUCAAGUACCAAAAUAUAUUACCCGUAAUUAUGUACCUGAAAAAUAUGUUUAAAAUGUUAGCCUGAGUUUAGUACCAAAAUAUGACUGAAUUAGCCCAAAAAAUAAUAGCAUAUUAACAUUAGCAUGCUAACAAAAUAUUUGACACUGAGGUGUAUUCCUGCAAAAAUUAGCAAAAAUAAAUCUAAAAUGUUAAUAGCAGAAUGCUAACAAUUGGGCCAGGGGCUGUUAAACAAUUAGAUACGGGCCCUUGAGCCGCACUUUGGACACCCCAGCUUUAGAGGUUCCACUGUUAGCCACCGCUCAUGUUGGGACAUUCCCACAACACAAUCGAUGUCGACUGAAUGCUUGACAGCGACUUUUGAACACUGACGCGAUGGUUGGAAACAAAACACACAAAAAUCCUGUGUGUGUUCUUUAUGAUGCUAACAAACCUUGUUUACUUGUUGCAUCUUGUUUAUAAACAAUAAAGUGAUUUUAUUAAGUCAAACAGAA